UGCGUGACAAUGCGACAUUCGUUGCGAAAUUUUUUAAUAAGAGCAAAGCGCGUCGUCUGCAGCCGGCUGAAUCGUCACGAGCGCGCGCAUUCGCGCAAAUUCGCGUCAUUCGUUUGUAUAGUUGUACCGUAUUACCGCAUCAGUGAAGAACACAGCGGAAAGCAUCGUUAUUGGUAGGAUCACUGCCAUUGCUACAACGAAAACGACUGCUUGUCAUUGCGCGAUUUUUAUGUAAACGUAAAUCGCGACCGUUUCGUGAUGUCCGUAGCGAUCGCGAUCGAAAGAUUGGCAUUUCAUCGACAGCAAUAUUAUCAACGACGACUCAACAUCGGCACCGCCGCGCGGGCAAUGAGCAACAUGGCGGAUGAAUCAAAAGUUGCGUUCCGUUCGACUCUUGGCGGAUAAUGGUGAGCGGCGGCGGCGACGACGAGGACGACAACAACAACAACGAGAUUCGCCCGACGAGAUGCUGAGAUCCCGAUGACGCGAACAUUCGGCGAGUAUAAUGCGCGUGAAAUAACGAACGCGAAACGUCCCCGAUCGGCGGCAACAGCUAGGGAAAGAGCGAUUUGCGAGACGCGCCCGCGCCCGCCCGCGGCAUCAGCGGCCAUCGCCGAAUCCGGUUCCGCUCCAUCUCGAGUUUGAAUUCCGCAACGGUCGUAAUCCGAGUAAGUGUUGAACGUUCUCCUACUAUGUACAAAUCUCACAUAUAAUUGAAAGUGCGAGCGUUUGGCAAGCUGUGCGGAACAGCCGCGUUAAGUGUGUCGCGCGUGAAGAUUUUACGCGCGUAAAGAUUCGCGUAGGCAGAUCAUCGCGAGUAUACCAGACUUCGCCUAGUUGCCCACCCACUCUAACCCUUCUACGUGAUUUACUGCGUGCUGCGUACAUCGCAUUAAUUAAACGCUGUCAUUUGCAUCAACGUCGCGCUGAUGACAGAUCCACCUGAUUGGUAUAUAUUACUGCGCCGUACACCUGCAACUGGAUCACGAUGGAGGACGCGAACGAGGUCUUGGUAUGCGCAGCUGAAUUCAUAAAAGAUCGACUAUACUUUGUAACACUGAGAACAACAAUGAAACCAAAAAGUACUCCAAACACACACUACUUCAGUAUUGAUAAUGAGUUGAUAUAUGAAAAUUUUUAUGCUGAUUUUGGUCCCCUGAAUCUGGCCAUGCUGUAUAGAUACUGCCAAAAGGUUAACAAGAAGUUGAAGGGUAUAGCGCUUAGCAAGAAGAAACUUGUACAUUAUACAACAAUGGAUUCUGAGAAGAGAGUAAAUGCUGCAUUUCUCAUGGGGAGUUAUGCGAUAUUGUAUUGCAAACGUACAGCACAAGAAGCUUAUGAAUGUUUAACUAAAAGUCCGGAUAGUCCUUCGUUCAUUAUGUUUCGUGACGCCUCCGUUGGCCCACCAUGCUAUCAGAUAUCGUUAAGGGAUUGUCUAAGUGCUAUAUACAAGUGCCAUCGACUUGGUUUCUUUAAUUUUGAAGAUUUCUGUCUUAAAGAAUAUGAACAUUUUGAGAAAGUCGAGAAUGGAGAUUUGAACUGGAUUGUUCCUGGAAAGUUUAUCGCUUUCUGUGGUCCACAUGCAAGAUCUAAGAUGGAAGAUGGUUAUCCAUUGCAUGGUCCAGAAUCAUAUUUUACAUAUUUCCGCCGUAACAACGUAACAACAAUUAUACGGCUUAAUAAGAAGGUCUACGAUGCUUCGAGCUUCACCAAUGCAGGCUUCAGUCAUAAAGAUUUAUUUUUCAUGGACGGCUCGACACCAACAGACUCGAUAAUGCAUCAGUUUCUCAAAAUAGCGGAGAAUGCGAGCGGCGCGGUUGCUGUGCAUUGCAAGGCGGGUCUCGGAAGGACUGGUUCUCUCAUUGGUUGCUACAUUAUGAAGCAUUAUCACUUGACGGCCCACGAAACAAUCGCUUGGAUAAGGAUAUGUAGGCCAGGUUCUGUAAUCGGACACCAGCAACAGUGGCUAGAGAAAAAGGAGGCAUAUCUCCGAUCGUUGCUGAAGGAGCCGCUGCAACCCGAAAAUGGGAAUCCGGUGCACGAAUAUGGGAUAUACUCGAUAACUGGUAGACCAGGAGCAGCCCCCUUUCAAGGAAGUGUAAAGAGUCUAGUCGAAGACAAUAUGUCUGGGAUAAUGCAUCGUGUAGACGAAAUAAAAUUGGACGAUCCAGUACCGUCAGUAGCCGGGGCUAGUACCACAUCACGAUACAGUACGUUGACUCAAGGUGAUAAAUUGUGCAGAAUCAAAGCUAGAAGGAGAGGCAUAUCGUCAGCUCAAACUUCUCUUACUACAAGCACAGGAACGUCCACUGUCGCGCAUCCAUAUCUGGGACCUCUGUUACAAACCAGAAGUCAAAAGGGAGCCAUUAGUACUCUAGCUGGAACUAAGGACAGAGAUCUUACCAAAAGACUCCUGUCACGAUCCACCGCGACAACAGUCGUGAAAAGAAACAGUUGGUUGGUCAGCAGUAGCUGUGAUCCAUCUUCCUGCCGUAUUAGGUCUAAGCCGGCAACACAGAGCCAUAACAUCAACAACAAUACAACAACCACCAAUCCUGUCACAUCUUUAACCGUAUCAAAGACAGUGAGAAGGCCGAAACGUACUUCUUGCAUGGCUGCACAGGCCCAUGCCACAAACUCGUCUGCUAAUCAUUCGGUACCACAGCCACAACGCAUGAAUAUGAUCCUCAGAUCGGCAGACCGAGUUACCCGCUAUUCGCUCAGGCAUGCGCGCACAACAAAAAGUUAUAAAAGUGCAUUUAUCAGAUGACUAACCGAUAUUCCCAGUGGCGUUGGGGAGGACUGUCAGGUAACUGGAGCAUCUCACCAGCGCCGAAGAUCUCAUCGCUUAAACCCCGUCAUUCAGUAAAAAGCACUUCACACUUCAAUCCUUCUUCAACUUGAGCAAGUUUUGCCCAGGCUUUUAUAUCAUAAAUCGACGAAGGUCAAAUUAUAUAUAUAUAUAUAUAUAUCUACAGUUAUCAACUGCAUUAUUAUUAAAUAUGGUUUUGCCAUAUCUGCAUCAUGGGAUAUGAAUUUGUUGCAGUGAUAUCUAAAUAUGCAAGGGUCCUAUAAUUCGCGAAUUAUUGUGACAUAAAAGUUCUCAAAGAAAAAAGAAACAAAAGAGGAAGGGAGAAAAAAAGAAAAACGAAAUAAAAAACGAUCUUUACGAUUUUUGAACCCAAGCAAUAGUUUUUGAAAUAUAAGGAUUUAAAACUGGCGAAUCGGACUGUAUAAUUAGACAAUCGCUUGUUCCCUGAGUUGCGUGUAUGACAGUUUAGUGACUCAUGGAUAAAGCGACUAGUUAACCAAUUUUAUUGGUUGACCAAUUUUAAACAUUUGUAUUUCAAAAACUGUUGCUUGGAUUCAAGAAUCGUAAAAAACUUUGUUUCGUUUUUUGAAAACUUGUGCUACAAUAUCCUGAUUUGUGAAUUGUGGGACACUCUGUAUAGCUUACACAGCUUUUAAUUGUUCUUCCAUUUAUUAAAGUAUCGCGAUGCAUUGUUGAAUGUCUGCAAGAAAAGGGAAUCAGAUUUCUGUUACUAUCAUCUUUCCACUCUAACCCUCUGUUGGUCUCUGCUGGUCAGAAUAUAAGCACAUGUAGAUACGUAUUUUAAAAAUUAUUUCGAUUACAUAUAUGAUUUUCGUUUUUAAUCAUUUUUGUAAUUGCCAAGAUGUUUAUUUUACCCUCAUGUACCCUCUUUGCGACAUUUAUUAAUGAAUAUAUAUUUUAUGGUAAAGCAAGUUAAAAUAUACACUCCUUCAUAUAUAUUUUUUUAUCUUCUCGAAAAAAUUAAAAUUAAAAUACUCAUUGAUUAUUUUCACUAAUUAUUAUUGUUAAAUUUCUAAAGGAAUCGAUCUUUACUCCCUUAGAUGAAGAACAUUAAAAAGAAGGAGUGUAAUGUGAAUCCUGCAUAUUGCCUCAAAAUUGAAAUUUGUUACAUUUUUGUUAUAUUAAUAUUAUGCAAGUUUAUAUAUAUAUAUAUACACACACACACGCGCGUGCGCGCGUAUAUACCUGUAUUAUAUAUACACAUACUUUUAUUGUUGUAUGAAAGAAAUUAUUACAAGCCGGAAUUGGAUAGUUACAGCAAAAAAAGAUUUAUUUAGCAUUAUUAUGGUAUAGAGAAUGUAACAUAUUAGAAGAGCAUUAAUGGUUUCGUAACUGUUGGUUUAAAGCGAUGUUAAAGACCUCGAGACACUGUAAUUUAUAUGGCACUUGUUGAAAAGUUACUUUUGUUGCUUUGAAUUUGGACAAAUGCAUUAGAAAAUAAGACUUGCAAUUACCAGUGAAUAUGUGUUAUACGUGCAGUUUAUAUAUAAUUGAUACAACAUAUUUUUGCCGAAAUGUUAUUUGAUGGAAAAUAUAUCUCUAGUUAAUAUCUCUGUUAAGUCAUAAGGCGAAUAAUAUUUAUACAUAUACAUCUUUUAUUUAAUCUAGAAAUGAUAUAAAUUUUAAUUAUGAAAUGUAAAU